AUGUCAGGCUGCUUCUGGCUCCUUCUCAGCCUUAUUUCUGUAACUGCUGCUCAAUUUACCAUUGAGGAACUGGCCAAGACAUUUCUGGACAAGUUUAACCAUGAAGCUGAAGACCUGUUUUAUGAAAGCUCUCUUGCUUCUUGGGAUUAUAACACCAAUAUUACCGAAGAGAAUGUCCAAAAGAUGGAUGCUGCUGGAGCCAAAUGGUCUGCCUUUUAUGAAGAACAGUCCAAACUUGCCAAAAAUUAUUCACUAGAAGAAAUUCAGAAUCUCACAGUCAAGCUUCAGUUGCAGGCCCUUCAGCAGAGUGGGUCUUCAGCGCUCUCAGCAGACAAAAGCAGACAGUUGAACACAAUUCUAAAUGCAAUGAGCACCAUCUACAGUACUGGAAAAGUUUGCAACCCAAAUAAUCCACAGGAGUGCUUAUUACUUGAACCAGGUUUGGAUAGCAUAAUGGCAAAGAGUACAGACUACAGUGAGAGGCUCUGGGCUUGGGAAGGCUGGAGGUCUGAGGUCGGCAAGCAGCUGAGGCCAUUAUAUGAAGAGUACGUAGUCCUGAAAAAUGAGAUGGCAAGAGCGAACAAUUAUGAGGACUACGGGGAUUAUUGGAGAGGAGAUUAUGAAGCAGAGGGAGAAGAUGGCUAUAAUUAUACCCGCAACCAGCUGAUUAAAGAUGUGGAAAGCACCUUUGAGGAGAUUAAACCAUUAUAUGAACAGCUUCAUGCCUAUGUGAGGGCAAAGCUGAUGGAUGCCUACCCUUCCUAUAUCAGUCCGACUGGAUGCCUCCCUGCUCAUUUGCUUGGUGAUAUGUGGGGUAGAUUUUGGACAAAUCUGUACUCUCUGACAGUUCCCUAUGGACAGAAACCAAACAUAGAUGUUACUGAUGCAAUGCUGAACCAGUCCUGGGAUGCAGAGAGGAUAUUCAAGGAGGCUGAGAAGUUCUUUGUGUCUGUUGGCCUUUUUAAUAUGACUCAAGGAUUCUGGGAAAACUCCAUGCUAACUAAUCCAGAAGAUGGCCGGAAAGUGGUCUGCCACCCCACAGCCUGGGACCUGGGGAAGGGAGACUUCAGAAUUAAAAUGUGCACAACGGUGACAAUGGACGACUUCCUGACAGCCCAUCAUGAAAUGGGACAUAUCCAAUAUUACAUGGCAUAUGCCACACAACCUUUUCUGCUAAGAGAUGGAGCUAAUGAAGGGUUCCAUGAAGCUGUUGGGGAAAUCAUGUCACUUUCUGCAGCUACACCGAAGCAUUUGAAAUCCAUUGGUCUUCUGCCACCUGAUUUUCAUGAAGACAAUGAAACAGAAAUAAACUUCCUACUCAAACAAGCACUCACGAUUGUUGGAACUCUACCAUUUACUUACAUGUUAGAGAAGUGGAGGUGGAUGGUCUUCAAGGGUGAAAUUCCCAAAGAGCAGUGGAUGAAAAAAUGGUGGGAGAUGAAGUAA